AUGCCGGCGGGAUUAUCGGGAUCCAGCCCGUCUCCUAGUCCGGUGGAGCACAGCUUAAUUCCAAACGAGGAGAAGCGGGAGGCCGAUGGCGACUGCAGUGGCAGCGAUGAUGACGUGGAAAGCGUGGAGGAUGACGUGUAUGUCGUGGUCCUGGGGUUCGCCCUCGCCAUCUUCCUCACGUCCCACUCGCACGCCUCCUGCUCCUCCGCGUUUGACGGGGGCGGGGGCCCUCCGCCCUCCCCCACAGGCGCGCUGGACGGGCGGCCCACGGUGAUCCUCGUGUCGUUUGACGGGUUCAGACACGGGUACCACCUGAAAGCUGACACACCGAAUUUGAAUAGGAUGCUAGCAGAAGGGACAUUCGCAGAGCAUGGCAUGCUGCCAGUAUUCCCCUCGCUCACCUUCCCCUCGCACCACUCCAUGGCAACGGGCCUCCUGCCUUCAUCGCAUGGCAUCAUCGCCAACAAGUUCCGCCUCCCCUCCAACCACAGCGACGUGUUCUCGCCUGGGAAUGUCGACCCGAGAUGGUGGCUGGGCGAACCCAUCUGGACCACUGUGAACCGGCAGGGCUUGCAGGCGGCAACAGUGUUUUGGCCGGGUUCUGACGUGUCGCGACCUGAUUGGCCAUGCCCGUCAGAGUACUGCCUGCAAUACAACGAGUCGAUGCCAUUUGAACAGCGAGUGGACCAGGUGCUGGCAUGGCUGGACCUGCCUGCGCCCCGCCGCCCCUCCUUCCUCUCACUCUACCUGGAGGAGCCCGAUGAGAGUGGGCACCUGGGAGGCCCGGACACGCCCCUGGUUGCUGCUGCUGUGGCGCGGGUUGAUGGCAUGUUGGGGCGCCUGUUGACUGGGCUGGAUCAAAGGAGCAUGACCAACGAUGUGAAUCUGCUGCUAGUGAGCGACCAUGGCAUGCUGGCCACAUGCAAAUCGCGAGUCAUCUCCCUGGAGCAGUUCGAGCCAUUCAUCCCCGGCCUCUCCCCCGCUUGGAUCGACUUCAGCUACCCGCUUCUCGGCAUCUUCCUCCCGCAAACAGACGCGCAACGCCGCCCGGGGUCUGCCGGCCAGGACUUUCGGAUGGAUGCGGCAGCAGUCGUGGGGGCUAUGAGGAGGGCGAUUGAAGGGGGGGGCAUUGUGAAUGGAGAGGCGCUGAAGGUGUAUCUGAGGGAGGAAUUUCCUGCGGAGUUUGAGUUUUCGGGAAGCGACAGAAUACCAGCUAUCUUGGCACUGGCAGACGAGGGCUACUCGGUGGUAUACCACCACUCGUCAGCAUGGGAUGGCGGCAUGCACGGCUACGACAACCGCCUUCCCUCCAUGCGCUCCAUCUUCAUGGCCCGAGGGCCGCGCUUCGCCUCCCACCGCAGAAUACCCACCUUCAGGAACACAGAGCUGUACAAUGUGAUAACAAGCAUCUUGGAGAUUCAGCCUGCACCCAACAAUGGGUCCUCGUCUUUUCAAGACACUAUACUAGUCUAA